UGCAUGUGUCAGCCCGGUGGUCUAGUACACUCUACCGGCGGUGUCACUUCGCCGUAGUCCUUCGUGGUGACGUCCUAGCGCACAGCUCCGAUGGAAGUCGCCGAUGUCGCCAGGUCGUUCGUCCAGUCCUGCACCUUGCAGCCGGCGCACGAGGAUUCGACCUCCCCUUCGUCGUCGUCAUACGCGCAGCGACAACUGGACGUCCUCAAUGGCAUGGUGGGCUCCCGGGACCUGACCUUCUUUGCUGGACGCGGCCGGCUGGCCCACGAGUGCGUCACGUGCUGCGUCUCGAUCCUCUUCGAGGUGCAGCCCAACCUGCAGCUCUCUGGCAAGGUGCUCACCCUGUUCCAGCAUCUGGCCAAAGACCCGCAACUGCUCCAGUGGCUGCGCGACGAGUUCGAGCUGCACUCUGCACUCGCGGAGUUCUUUCAGAACCGAGCCAUCGAGGACAACGUCCCGAUGCAGCUGCAGGUCAUCCAGCUUCUUCGAGACCUUUGCUAUAGGCAUCAAGUGACACUGACAGAAUCCAAACUCGGCUACCUCGGUGAUUUUCUGUUCAAACGCAUGGAGUCAGGAAAUGAUGAACUGUUCCUGCCUUGCUUGGAACUCCUCAACCACCUGUCAUGGAGCGCGUAUGCACAGCAGUACAUGAAGAUUAUGCCACAGCUACCACAGUUGUGCAGGGCACUGGUUCCAAUGACUACGUUUGACAACAGCUGUGUGGUCAUGCACACGCUGGCCAUUUUCGCUAACCUCUCACUUGACGAGUUCAUCAGCAACAAGAUGUUCAGCCAGUCGAUGAAGCAGACACUUCAGGUUCUCCUCUGCACGGUCGUGGCGAGCAACCUCGCAGCCAGGAAGAUUGCCACCGACAUUAUCGAGGACCUGUUGAACCACCAGGAGCGCAGAGCAUGCGUCCUGAAGUACCACAAGAUGAUGGUCUCCUGUGCGUCAAAGCUGGCUGAAAAGAAAGCACAGAGGGAACCAGAGGACUUGCGGACGACCAUCAACCUUCUCACGGUCAUCUUGUCGGUGCCCGAGCUUCUGGAAGGAUACGUUGGCCGAACACCGAGCACACUUGAAGCUCUGUUGUCCUUGCUCGUCGGUGCCGUCGAGACAAACGCAAGCUCCCUCGACGUGGCACACAUGAGCGUCAAGCUGGUCACGUUGCUCACCAAGGAGAUGUGCACUCAGAACCUGCUGGUCGCCCACAACGCGCCUGUGACAGCAUUCCUGAAGGCUGUGACGGUCCUCCUGGUGGCCCUGCAGGACAAGGAGGUCGACAGCCUGUACUUUGCCCCGGAAAUGUACUUGGCCAGCCUGCGCUUCUUUCACACUCUGACUGACUCCGGUAUCUGUGGUGAGACAAUCGUCAAGCAGUGCCUCACUGUGGAGCACAUCAGGGCCCUCCUGAAGCCUUACCUCGCCAAGGAUCCUCACUGCCUUCAAGACGCAUGCAUUGCCAAACAAGUGGAGGUUGUGACGACAUGCCUGGACUUUCUUCGGCAGUUCAUGACCAAACUCGAAAAUGCCGAGGAAUGCCUCCAGGAGCUUCUUCAGAAGCCCGUGACGGCAAGCUACCUGUCGUUAGCCCUGUGCCUGACCAUGGAGGAUGUCGUCAUGCCUGCCUUCCACCUCACCAUCAUGGCCAACUUUCAGCAGGACUUCAGCCGCGAAAAGUUUGUCGAGUCCUUGGUCUCGGUCAACCGCAAGCGGAAGGCUCUUGAGUCUCCGGCAAAGCGCGACAAGCCUCCCCCGCCCAUGCAUGCUGCUGGAACACUGCCGCGCCCCAGCAUUCCCGUCAACAACCACAACAGGCGGCUCUCUGUUGAGAACAGCAUCGAGAGGAUUUCGCGCAAGCUGGAACAGAGUUUCGAGAUGGGCGAGCUGAAGCAAUCCGAGAUACUGGCAGUCUACGAGAACAAGAUCUUCAAGCUGAAAGCUCGCGAAGAAGAGCUUCUUCAACUGCUCGAGGCAAAGACUGCAGCUCUCCAGCAGUCCGAUCGACUGGUCACAAAGUACACCUGCAUCGAGGCCAAGAAUGAGGCUGAGGUGGAGGAGCUGCGCAGCCUGUUGAGAGCAUCCGAGCGGCGCAUCGAAGACACUGAGGAGAGGAUGGUUGAGGUGGAGAAGCGCAGUGAAGAGACUGCACAGAGCUUGAAGGCGUCGCGAACCAAGGUCAAAGCCCUGAAGGCCCACAUAGAGGAACUAGAACAAAGGAACAACGGUCUCGACGUGAAAGCGAAAAGGCUCGAAGUGGUCCUGAAAAGCCUGGAGUCCGCGCAGCAGGAGAUCCAGUCGCAGAAGGAGAUGAUCGCGAUGCUCCAGAAACAUGGCGAUUCUAUGAAACUCAAGCUCGAAGCUCUAACAAAGGCGAACGAAGAGCUCGAGUUGGCCAACCAGGACCAAGAAAAGCUGCUCAAGGAGCAUGAGGCUAAAAUGAAAGACCAAGCAAAAUGCCUGCAUAAGCUGCAAGGCAGCUUGGAUGAGAAGACCGCCCUCGUGAAGUCUCUCAAGGCCGAGCUCAAGAGCAUAAACGAGGCCAGCAUCGCACUCCAGAAGGAGAACAGUGCACUGGAGCAACAGCUGCAAGCUCUCGAGUCCAAGUAUCAGAAGAAAGACGAGGCGCUCCAGAGCAAGUCCAACCAGGUGGCCAAGUUGACCGCCGACUUGGACAAGCUGAAGAAAAUGCAGGAGAUGAUCCAGAGCAUCAGCGCCGGCAUCCUGUGACCCAGCCAUACACCCGCGAACCUUAACCUUAAUCGUGUGCGAUCUUUUAGUAAUAUUACGACGCGUGCCUCGGCAUUGUAGCAGGUCGAUUUGUAAUACAAUCUGCAUGUUAAUAACGAGAUAAACCAUGAUUCAUGUUCAUUUGCUUUAGCGUAUUUAUUGCUUCGAUUAUAUUAUCGUUCUUCAUUCCAAAGCCUGACCUGCUGCCUUGAUGAGGCCGGAGCAUUUUAUACAUGUAAUAAACAGAAAAA